UGUAUCGUCUCCAACCUAAAAACCCUAAACCUCAAAGACUUCCAAAUCCGAGAUCCUUUCCCCAACUUCUCUCCAAUUCGAUCCCUUGUCCCAAUUCCAUUCUUCUCUUCAAUCGAAGCAUCGCUGAAAGGAUUUAAGCAUUCAAUUCCGUUCAUUUUGAUACCGAUUUCUCUGAUCGAAUAGGAUGCCGAGAACCACCACGGUGGAGUGCCCCGGUUGCCCGCCGAUGAGGGCUCUCACCACUGAUGUCCUUGGGCUUGUCAAAGUUGUUGAAGUUCGUGAGAAGGUUGGGACGCCUAAGGUUGUGGAGACCUGGGGACCUCCUGAUGCUUCGCGCUCUGUGGUUGCAGCAUCUCUUGCUGAUAGGAAGACUAAUCCGCUUUUGGCUGUUGCAAGGAAAAAUGGCUUGGUUGAGUUUCUCAAUCCCUUGAAUGGAAAUUCUCUGGCAACGGUGAAGGUUAAAGAUUCUGUUUCUUCAAUUAAACAAAUUCCUUAUGUGUACAACAAAAAGGAAAAAGCUUGUUUGAGGUCUGUCACAGUAGGUGAUGCUUCACCUGGUUCUAGUCAUGUUGAUUCACCAAGCACAUGGAAUGUAUGUGGGGCAGGUAGUGUGCUAUGCUCUUCAGUGGAUGGAAAUGAGAAUUUUGCUCUAUUUGGCGGGAAGGGUGUCGAAGUAAAUGUGUGGGAUCUUGAGAAAUGCAGUAAAACCUGGACAGCAAAAUCUCCUCCAAGUAACAGUCUUGGCAUCUUCAGUCCAACCUUGUUCACUGCUGCCACUUUUCUAAGCAAGGAAGAUCAUUGUAAAAUUGCUGCAGGCACAAACAACCAUCAGGUUCGUCUUUAUGAUAUUUCUGCUCAAAGAAGACCGGUUUUGUCUAUCAAUUUCCAAGAGUCCCCUGUAAAGGUUGUUACUGAGGAUCUAGAUGGUUAUACUGUCUAUAUACGGACUGGGUGUGGUGACCUUGCAUCCUUUGACAUGAGAACAGGAAAGUUAUUGGGCUGUUUUGUGGGCAAAUGUUCUGGAAGCAUUCGAUCUAUUGCAAGGCAUCCGAGGUUGCCCAUAAUCGCUUCAUGUGGCCUUGACAGUUAUUUGCGUUUCUGGGAUACAAAAACACGGCAACUUCUUUCUACGGUCUUUUUGAAGCAGCAUCUUACCAGUGUCAUGCUAGAUACACAUUUCUCUGCUGAAGAAAUUGAGUCUGCUGAUCAACCAAGUGAUUUGCAAGCAAAUGAUCAUUCAGAAGUUGAAAAUGAUGAGGAAUUACCACCCAAAGUAAGAAGCAAAACUUUUAGAAAAAAGGCACAUAACAAAAACAAAGCAGAUAAAAGUAAGCGGGAAGCUCAAUAUGAUGAACUGUGGGAUGAAGAUGAACAAACCACUAUUGAGUCCGCGGAUGAUGAUGAUGAUGAAUUGCCGGCGACAACUAAAAGAAGAAAGCCAUUAGGAGGAAAUGAGAAACGGCCCAAACAUAAAAAGAGCAAGAAGAGUAUUGGAUAAUUCAGUAGAGAAGCCAUCUUGUUGAAUCCAUUUUCAUAGAGAAGCAAACUGGUUUCAAAUCAGCAUAUCUUCUCCGGCAAUGUCUUAUUUUUGUUUUGUUAGCCUCAUGAUCUUUUUGACAUUUUUAUGAUCCCAGCUUUUCUGAGCAAGGCACACUAUAGCGGCCAAUUGUUUUUUGAACUGUAACAUGAUUAUUGGGUUUAUUUAUUAAUUGUAAUGUUGUAUGACCUAAAUUUAGCCAAUUGUUUUACAAACUUUUACA